AUGCCCAUUGCGCUCUCAGCCCGUCAGGAAGCCCACAUCGGAUCGACGCUGCUCGCGACCGUGGAAUUCGUCGAAUCUUCAUCGGCGCGUCGCCUGUUGCAUGCCGAGGAAGCCGCGAAACCCCUUUCUGGCCUUUCAACGGCGGCGGCGGCGGCGGCGGCACCUCGAGCGAGUCUCAGCUCACGGCGGAGCCGCCGGAUGCUCUGGAUUUUCUUGCUUGUUUUCGCGGCCGGCCAGCUGGUGGACACCGCCGGAGCUCAGAACGUGUCGACCAAUGCUACCACUGAUCCAGAUGAAGCAAGAAUUUUGAAUGGCUUGUUCCAGCGGUGGGGGAUUACAGCCAUGGAUACAUGGAACAUUAGUGGUGAGUUAUGCAGCGGUGUGGCCUCAGACACGACAACCCCACUUCUCAAUCUUAAUCCAGGCAUCAAAUGUGACUGCUCCUACAAUUCUAACACCACUUGCCACAUCACUGGAUUGCGGCUGUACGACCUGGACAUUCAAGGCUCAUUACCCGAUGAUCUUUGGAGCUUGACGUAUCUCGAUGAUUUAGAUCUGCGCCAAAAUUAUUUUACUGGUCCUAUUUCUUCGUCCAUUGGGAAUCUCACUCGGAUGCAAUACUUGAGCUUUGGCUUGAAUGCAUUAUCAGGGGAGCUUCCUAGGGAAUUCGGACUGAUGACUGACUUACGAUCAAUAUCCAUCACUGCAAACAACUUCUCUGGCCCCAUACCAUUGGAGUUCGGGAAUUUAACAAGGCUCGAACAAAUGUACAUUCAUGGUUCCGGAAUUAGUGGUCCAAUACCGUUAUCAUUUGCUAAUCUGAUAAACAUGCAGACGAUGUGGGCAUCUGAUAAUGAGCUGACAGGUCAGAUACCUGACUUCAUAGGAAAUUGGUCCAGCCUCACUCAGCUGAGGUUGCAGGGAAAUGCAUUUCAAGGUCCAAUACCACCGUCAUUAUCUAAUUUAACGUUGUUGGUUGACUUGAGAAUAAGUGAUAUCUUGAACGGUAGCUCGUCACUGGAAUUUGUUAGGGAUAUGACUUCUCUGUCUACGUUAAUCUUGAGGAACAACAAUAUUUCUGGUUCGUUACCGUCGUUUUCCUUAUUUCAGCGCUUGCAGCUCCUGGAUUUGAGCUUCAACAAUUUGACAGGAAGAAUUCCAGACUCACUUUUCAAUCACAGCACCUUGACCAAUUUGUUUCUGGGUAGCAACAGGCUAACAGGUGGAUUGCCAUUGCAAAAGAGUCCUGAUCUCCGAAAUAUAGAUUUAUCGUACAACGGGUUAUCGGGAAGCUUUCCAUCUUGGGUCAGGGAACAGAACCUACAACUUAAUCUGGUUGCCAACAACUUCACCAUUGAAGGUUCAAACAGCAAUGCUUUACCCCCUGGUUUGAACUGUCUUCAGAGGGAUUUUCCUUGCAAUCGACGCGUUCCAGUAUAUUCAAGAUUCGCAAUCAAAUGUGGCGGCCCCCAGAUCAUAUCUUUCGACCGGACUCUGUACGAGAGGGAGAACGAGACACUUGGCCCCGCCACAUACUAUGUGACUAACGACCGCCGGUGGGCUGUCAGUAACGCUGGGCUCGUUGCCGACAACACAAACCCGCAGUACACGACCCAGACAACUUCGCCUGUUGUGAAUACUCUGGACUCGCAGCUGUACCAAACUGCUCGGGCCUCUUCGGGCUCUUUGAGAUACUACGGGCUGGGCCUCGAAAACGGUAACUAUACAGUGAGGCUCCAGUUUACAGAGACUGAGGUCCUCAAUACCAGGACCUGGGAGAGCCGUGGCCGGCGUGUUUUUGAUAUAUACCUCCAGGGGAAUCUGGAGGAAAGGGAUUUCGACAUACGACGAGAGGCCGGUGGCGUAUCCUUAAGAGCUGUUGACAGGAGCUACAAUGUGCGAGUGACUGACAACUACCUUGAAAUCCAUCUAUUUUGGGCAGGAAAGGGAACUUGCUGUGGGCCCUCUCGAGCUGUCAACGGGCCUUUAAUUUCGGGAAUAAGGGCAACUGCAAAUUUCAACUCAACUGUUUCCAAUAUUCCUCCGAGCGGGAGCAGAAACCGGACUGGUCUUAUUGUGGGUAUUGUUGUUCCAGUCGUUGCUGUCAGUGUGAUUUGUUUACUUACGGUAUACUUUUACGUGUAUCAAAGGAGAAAACGUCAGAAGGACUUGGAGGAUGAAGAGUUAUUGGGGCUCGAAGCACGACCUUACACUUUUAGUUUUGCCGAACUUAAAGCUGCUACGAAUGACUUCAAUGCUGAUAAUAAGCUGGGAGAGGGAGGUUUUGGACCUGUUUACAAGGGUUCACUUGGUGAUGGAAGAGCAGUUGCAGUGAAGCAGCUGUCAGUGGCAUCACGUCAGGGAAAGAGUCAGUUUCUGGCCGAGAUUGCCACAAUAUCCGCCGUGCAGCACCGUAACCUCGUGAAACUGUACGGAUGUUGUAUCGAGGGUGAUAAACGCUUGCUCGUCUAUGAGUAUCUCGAGAACAAGAGUCUCGACCAAAUAUUGUUUGGACCUGGAAGGAAAAAUCUAUUCCUCGACUGGGGAACACGUUACCAGAUCUGCUUGGGGGUGGCGAGGGGUCUAGCGUAUCUUCACGAGGAAUCACGGCCUAGAAUUGUUCACCGGGACGUAAAAGCUAGUAACAUCUUGCUUGAUUCCGAACUUGCCCCUAAGAUCUCGGAUUUCGGGUUGGCCAAGUUAUAUGAUGACAAAAUGACACACAUGAGCACUGGAGUAGCAGGCACAAUUGGUUAUCUAGCACCGGAAUACGCCCUGCGAGGGCAUCUCACGGAGAAGGCUGAUGUGUUCAGCUAUGGAGUCGUUGCCUUAGAGAUCGUCAGUGGAAGAUCGAAUUCAGACUCGAGUUUGCAAGAUGAUAAGACAUAUCUUCUCGAUUGGGCUUGGAACCUGCACGAGUCCAAGCGUGAGAUGGAGCUUGUGGACCCCACCCUCGAGCAACAAGACAUGGAUGAGGCGAUAAGGAUUAUCGGGGUUGCCCUCCUAUGCACCCAGGGCCCCCCAGGCCUACGGCCCGCAAUGUCCCGAGUGGUGUCCAUGAUCUGCGGGGACAUUGAGGUGGCCCCGGUCACGACACGCCCCAGCUACCUCACCGACUGGAAUUUCAACGACUCAACCACCACUUUCGCUACCGACACCACUAAUAUCUCCACUUCCAACAACACCAAUGAUAUCAUCAGUCCCAUCAAUUUUACCACGACAAACACAUCGGCAACAAGUGGUGUGUCCUCAGCCACUCGCUUGCAACCAAAAGACGAUGUGGAGCCAAUGCUCGACAAAUCGGCAAUCGGAGGCCAGCUUCUCCUCUUCCCCCAUACCAAACGCGCACUGCGGCCACCAAGCACGACCCGAAAUACUUCCCCCAAUACAGCCAAAGCCUCAUCCUCCUGCCCGCAGCCCGAACUCAACCUGACUCCCAAAUUCUUUUACCUCGGCACCGACCAGCUCCAGGAGACGAUGGGAACCUGCUGCUCAAUCACCCUCGGCGCCCACUGA